AUAUUGUAUUCCCUGUUCUAUUGUCUAAAUCCAUCAAUUUGUCCAUUCAUCAUCUGAUCAUCCAUCUGUCCAUGUAUGCAUCCACUGUUCUUCAUACUUUCCUUGCUUCCAUCAUUGCUUCCUUUUUUUUUUCAUUUUUACUUUAAAAAUUGCAAUGUGAACUGUGGGAACUUCAGCCAGGACGUUGUAGCAACCCUGAUGUAGUUUUAAGAUGAACUACUGUUUUUCUUUCUGUUAAACAGAAGUGGAAGUUGUCCAGAAAUUUUGAAUUUUGAAAGGAGACCAAAGAAACUUAAUGUUGUUGUUUUCUCCCGCUACUUGUUCCAGCUGAAGGAAGCAAGGACAGAGGAUGCUUAACCCGCUGUUUAUUUUACCAGCACAGCAGUGUUGUGUCUCCUUGAUCCUGAGGGGGGGCUCACACCUUUUCAGACAUGAAAGGUCUGGCAGAAGCUUCAGUGACAGCUGCAUCCUAUGCCCAAAUAACAUCUCAGCAAGAGUUAUUUUUGUGAUUUAAACCUAAUUCUCUAAGAAUAAAGGUAUUAGAAUAAGUAAGUUGCUUUUGAGAUGAACUUGCAUCUUAGAGAAUGUUUCAGUUUUAAGAAACAGCAUUCUUAAAGGUAACCCUUUUGAGAUUUCGAGUGUCUACACAAGGACAGUGAUUGGGCCAUAACUUUUGUGAUUUUCACCUUUAUCCUGGUGAGCUGAAACAUGGUAUUUGUUUGUGUAGUGAGGACACACGCAGUGCUGGCUUGUCAGAGUGGUGUGAAUGUCUCAGGUGAAACAGCAGCCUUCAUUAAGACACAUCACAUCAAACUGACAAUUGUCUCUGUGCAGACUUUAAAGAGUAAUUUACCAAAGAAGGAAUCUAAUUAUUUAUCUUUCUAUCACAUUAACCGUCUGUUUGGCCUUAUUCACACCACGGUGAUAACGAACCACGUCCCUUCGGGAAGGUUUCAUUUUGUCACUUUUGUUGUUCUUUGAACUUUUUUUUUUUCCCCUAAGCUGUGAACCCAUAAAGGUCCGGAGAUCUGCUUCUAUAUAAAACGCGUUUGGCAACAAAAAAACAAAAAAAAAACACACUCACUCAAUCCGACCAUCAUCCGCCUCACUGAGCAGCGGUCUGGAUUUCUAACAUGGAUCUGGAAGCUGUCACGGCUACAAUCCUAUCUGAUUGGAAGAGUCUUGAGAGUCCUUCUGGAGACAACCAAGAGUCCAUCUGUCCGGAGUCCCCCCUGGAUUCUUCGCUGUGCUCCUCGCCGGAGAUCUGCUACCCCAUCUCCCAACAGGAGAUCAAGGAUUUAUCCUUUGCCUGCACCGGGCGCAGAGUGACUCCACCAGGGCAACGGCAAAGCAAAACAAAGAUGCCCGUGAAAAGGCGCAUGAAGGCCAGCGAAAGGGAGAAGAUGCGGAUGAGAAGCCUGGCAGAGGCUCUGCACCAGCUCCGCGACUACCUUCCGCCGGACUACAGCAAGAGAGGCCAGCCCCUGACCAAGAUCCAAACGCUUAAAUACACCAUUGAGUACAUCAACAAGCUUUCAGACAUCCUGAGCCGUGCGUAAUGGACGCAACGUGGACCGCUUUUACGCACCAUGUCAGCUCUCAUCUGGACCCCAUGCUGAACUCAGAUGCUUCGUGUUUCAUCACAACAAUUUGAGGUCUCUCCUAUUUGACAAUUGUUUGGAGAUUUUGAUGUAAAUAUUGUUUGGGCACUUGGAAAGUAUUUGUAUAUGAGGCUGCCCUUUUUUUUUUUUUUUUGGAAUUGUGAUUUCAGUUUUAAAUAUAUAGACAAUUUAGUUCCUGAAUGGUAUGAAAUGCAAUUUUACCAAGCUUUGUUUUUUUCUUUUUUGCUGACCAAGAAACAAGAGAAAGCAUUUUCUUUUUAAUAUUAUGCUGAUUUCAAUCCCUUCAUUGUGUUUUGUUCUAAUAUUUAGGUUGUGCAUGGAUUUUCACGUUUUAUGUUUGCAAACCCAUUAAAUAUGUUGUGUUUGUGUGAAUGCCAUGCUGCUUAAAGUAUUUCAUAAGUCACACACCAGUUUUUAAACAAACUAUAAUCAUUUGCGUCAGGCCGCUGUCUUCAUCUUUUCUUACUCGCUAAUAAUUUUUCUGUGUUCAAUAAAAUAAUCUGUUGAAUUGUGGUUCCGUUAAGCAAUAAGUAAUCAUCUGGGCGUCAUUAUGAACUAAAAUAUGUAUGUAAUUCGUUCCAGUAAAUGAAGAUAUAUUUUUCUUGUUUUCCAUUUUUCUCAUCAUGACGUAAUGAAGAUCAGUUCUUGUGAUCUUCAUAUAAAUAUUGUUUGGGCACUUAGGAAUUAUUUUUCAUAAAUAAGGCUUCCUUUCAGUGUUAGACAUAAGGAAAAUAAAAAGAAAGCAACUUUACCCGUCUUUGCUUAUUUUUGCGGACCAGACGUGAGAAAAAGAAC